GGCACCAUGGCGUUUGGGAAAAACAAGCGCCUUACCAAAGGCGGCAAAAAGGGAGCCAAGAAGAAAGUGGUUGAUCCAUUUUCUAAGAAAGACUGGUAUGACGUGAAAGCACCAGCAAUGUUUAAUAUAAGAAAUAUUGGGAAAAUGCUUGUCAUCAGAACCCAGGGAACCAAGAUGGCAUCCGAUGGCCUCAAGAGUCGUGUAUUUGAAGUGAGUCUUGCUGACCUGCAGAACGAUGAAGUUGCUUUUAGGAAGUUCAAGCUGAUUACGGAGGAUGUUCAGGGCAAAAACUGCCUGACAAACUUCCAUGGCAUGGACCUCACCCAUGACAAAAUGUGCUCCAUGGUCAAAAAAUGGCAGACCAUGAUUGAGGCUCAUGUUGAUGUCAAGACUACCGAUGGUUAUUUGCUUCACCUAUUCUGUUCUAAUAAACAAUAUAAUUUGAGGUAA